AAGUUGCUGUGAGCCAUGCGUCGCUCGUGCCAAUUGCCAUGGGCGCGUGCUUGUCCGAGGUGUCCAAGGCCGCGCCGACGGAGCGCUGGCAGGCGUCGUCCACCAUGCGGCGACCCGCCAAGAAGAUGACGUCGAGCACCGGCUCGGUGGCUUCGUCCAGCUUCAAGACCGUGCGCGCGUCGACGGACCAGCCGCCGCCACCAACCGAGCUCGUGAGCCUCCUCUCGCCACGCGACCCGGCCCGGCAGGAUGCGAGGUACCUCGAGAAGGAAGACAUGAUUGCAAUCCAGGCCAUGCGCGCAUCCCGCGUGAGCCACCUCGCGUUUGGCGCGGCUGCGUUUCAGAACAAGCAGCUCAAGGCGAGCAUGGAGGACGAGUGCGUGCUGCUGCCGUCGAUCGUUGGCCCCGGUGGUGAGCGCGGUGCGUUCUUUGGUGUCUACGACGGCCAUGGCGGUGGCUUUGUCUCCAAGCACCUCGCCCGCAACCUCCAUGCAACUGUCCAGUCGCGCUUCCUCGCCGACCCCAGCGCGAGUGUGCCCAAUGUGCUUUGCGAGAGCUUUGCCGCCGUCGACACGGGCCUGGAAGAAAUGGAAGAGGCCGAUGCGUGCGGGUCCACGGCCGUCGUCUGUGUCGUGCUGCCGACCGAGUGCUACGUGGCCAACAGCGGCGACUCGCACUGCAUCUUCUUUGACGGGCUGCGGACCACGCGGCUUUCCGCUGACCACCACGUGCGCAACGACGCCGAGAUCGACCGCAUCAAGCACCAGCAAGGCAUCAUCUUGAACCACCGCGUGAGCGGUGUGAGCCGCGUCACGCGAGCCUUUGGCCAAAACAACGAAAAAGAGCUCAUAAUCCCGACGCCGCAUGUGGCCUGCGUCGCGCGGCCGCGGGAUCGAACCGCGGCCUUUCUGCUGCUCGUAAGCGACGGUGUCACCGAUGUCUUGACCGACGACGACAUGGUCCGCUACGUGCGACGCGGGCUGCUCGAGUGCGACCUGCAUCCCGACGACGUCUGCCGCGAGCUCCUCGAGGUCUGCCGCCUCAAGCGGGCCGUCGACAACAUGACCGCGGUCCUUAUCCUGCUAUGAUGCACCGAUCUAGUAGCCUAUUUAUCCCACAACGUAAGAACACGAGUAUAUAGUGGUGUUUUGAAGUCGA